UAAGCGUCUAGUCUGCCGGAAAACCACACGAAGAAGAGUGUAAACGGAAGUGAACACCAAGAACAUUUUCCACGUUAGCGUUUUUGUUGUUAUUUAGAUGUUUAUUAACACCCUGGAAUACAAAACAGGAAUAAUUUAACUGUAUAGCAUCACAUACUUACGACAUGUAGUCUUUAAUUCGCUUUGGAGAUAUAACUUGGUUGAUAGGUGUUAUCUAGGUACCGCUAGCUGCUAACAAUGGCUAACUAUAUGGUUUUUCAAACUCAAAUAGCCUCCAUCAUGGAGGUGCUAGCGAAUGCAGCCAUGGCAGAGAUCUGUAAACUCGUGGACGACGACUAUGCAGUGUUUCGUUUGGAAAUAACUCAAAGCCAGAAAGAAAACAGGGGAUUGCGGAGGAGACUACAGCUACUAGAACUGAAGGUGGCACGGGAGCGCGCCCUCGCCAUUCGACCCAGUAGUGUCAAGAUCCUCGACAAAUACAGAGGAAUGUCAAGAGGUGAAGGACAUCUCACUGGAGGCCACAGGAGCUUUGUGAAGCCAGCGGGACACAAUACAUGGAGAGAUGACCAACCAAUCACUGUUGAUGGGGGGAGUGGAACCUCAACCCAGCACAUUAUCGUGGUAGAGUCUGCAGAUGCAGAGGCUGCAGGUCCUGGGGUCAAGCAGGAGAGAUCUGAAGGAGAGGAGGACCCACAGCAUAGCAGAGACAUCCAGACUGGUGGGGCUAGAGAGGCCCCUGUGGCCACGGAGGACCGUACCACCGCCUCAGCGCAGCCCAGGACCCAACGAAUCAGCACGGAGGAGGAGGGUCUGGGGAACCCUGAGGGGACCAUGGUCAUGGAGGACAACCAGACUACACCUCCUCCAGAACCCACAGAGGAACCAGCUGAGCAGCACAGGACCACACACAGUCUCACUGAGUCAGUAGACAUGGAGGAUGGGAAGCCUGAUCUGCUGCUAGUCAAAGAGGAGACAAUAGAAGACAAACCAGAGAGCAUUGAUCUGCUGAGUGGACUAAAGAUGGGGGAGCAAGAUAAGAGAGAAAUACAUAUAGCCUACAUACAGUAACACACACACACACACCUUUUUUUUUUCGCACUAUUGGUUAGAGCCUGUAAGUAAGCAUUUCACUGUAAGGUCUACACCUGUUGUAUUCGGCGCACGUGACAAAUAAACUUUGAUUUGAUUUGAGAUCUUCAAUGGGAAAACUGCUGCGCCUGACAAUGUUUUUGUCUGAAUUUUCUUCAUUCAUUAAGUGAAAUCAAUACAACUUAUGUUUACAUACACAUAGUGUAUGAACUUGACCAGGUAAAUGACCAAAAAAAAAAAAAUUGUAGAGUUUUCUCUGCCAUGUUUUUAGUCUAUUUUCUAAACUCUUCUUGUAGGUGGUUGGCUGGAGGCUAACAGAGAUUGGGCAGCCAUCUUGGAUUCCCAGACCGGUGCAGCCAAGGACGCAGGGGACAACAUCACUGAGGAGGCCAGGACCAGAGGUGAUAUAGUGGAGGUCAGUGGAUGGAACAGCGUCCUCAACUCUGGGCUGCUGGGGAACAACACUGUUAACCAGAAAGAGACAGUUGAUCACAAAAAAACAACCAAACUUAGUCUCCAUGACAACAGACUGGCUGAGACCAGGACAAGGCGUAGAUUCGAUCCAGGACAGGGAGGUGUCCGUAUGCGGCGGGAGAGAACAGGCGCUGCUCCUAUAGUUGUGAUGCAGAGAGACUGAUGGCGCUUCAGGUUAACCCCCUAACACAGUGGUCACUAACCUUUUCUGAAUAACGAUCACUUUGAGUCAAAAUGCAAGCUGAUACAACAUGAACCUAUUAAAAACGGUACUGUAGCAAUGAGAUUUGUGCAGUAGGCUAUAGGCCCAAUACAUUAUCACCACAUAUUGGCUUUGCUUGACUUUCCCUGUCAAUACAUUGUUUGGAGAAUUUGUAAAAAAUUAUAUUUCAACAUUUGAGGUAGGCUAUAUGAUCACACCGGUAAUAGAUCAGUUGUUGUCUGACUUGUGAGGCACAGCUGAGUGAGCAUACAUUUAAAUAGUUUAUUUUUCUUUUACUGGGCUGAUGGUGCCUGCAUCUGAUGGUCAGUAUCAGCUGAGGGAGAGAGCAACAGAUGGGCUCUGCCUCCCAGUGUCCCGCCACUCUCUCUUUCCUCUGCUGUCACUGACCAAAAACGUCUGGAGUCGCACCCCAUUAUGGCUGCCUCAUCCACAUGUUGUUACUCCUAUGAACAGAGAAAGUGAAAUAUUUUUCGAUAUAAAAAAAUACAAAAAACGCAAGCUUAUCAAUACACUUUCCUACUCAUUCAUUACAACUACAGCGCUGGUUGUAGUGGAAGUAGGAAGAAUGUGCAUUUUAUGGCUUAUAAAAGUAUUGAAUAGAAAGUGUUGACAGUGCUGAGUAAGAACUUAAACAUGAACUCACUCAUAAAAACAGCAGCUCUUUGCUGUAUUCGUUGACAGUCUCUCUCUAGUCAUGGUUUUAAACGUUUUGAAAUCUCACAGUAUCAACUUGGCUGUAGCUUUCUUUUAAGCUUGCUACGUUACUGCAGCCACGGUAAUCUGAGCCGUCCGAUUGGCCAGAGGUAGGCCUAUAGUGCUCUUGAUUUGCUCUCCGGGCCUGCCGGGAAGGCAGAGUUGACCCAUUUUAACUGUCUGAAGGUACAGUGGGAGCACAGCUGAAUCAGUUGCACCUACCAGCAACAGCGCGAGACGAAUACAAAUAAAUAGGUACGCAAGGCUUUAUCAUUGGGUUUUUUACAGAAAUGUUUGGCGAUCGACCAGUUGGUGACCACUGCCCUAACAGGUGCUGCCUUCAGCCUGCCUUCUAUAGGAUCUAUCAACUGGAACAUGGACCCUGCAACAACACAGACACUCCCUGGCCUUCAUCCUCCUCACACUCUCCUAAUGUUAAACCAGACCUCAGACAAUGCCAGUGCCUCAACACCAAAUGGCUACACAAGACCAUUGACAAAUGACAGUAGUAGUAACGCUAUCAGUAGAUCCGGUGGCAAAGAUAAGCACUUCCUGUGUUCGUUGUGUGGGAAAUCCUUUAGUUUCCCCAAACAGGUGGAGCUCCACCAGAGGAUGUACAUGGGGGAAAAUCUGUUUGGUUUGUUUUGUGCAAUAAAAGUACUGUACUUCAAAGUUGAGUGUAGGACCAUUUUGUUGAAAUUAAAUACAUAUUCAACUCUG